CAAAACAGUUCUAACACACAACUUGAGUUUGUUAAAUUAAAAAAAAUAAAACAAAACAAAACAAAAAACAAAAAAAAAAUAAAAAAUAAAAAAUAUGGAGAAAAAUGAAGUAAUGCUUGUUGAGAGAGUAUCAACGGAUUCUACUGCAAUAGACGCCAAAUUUGAAAAAGUAAUAAAAAAGGACAGGAAACGAUUUCGGUUUGAUGCAGCUCCAUUUUCACCUCCGGCCACUCGUAACUAUGGGCUAAUGCGAGUAGAUCCCGUGCAAGCAUCCACACCAUUUCCUCGAGUAAGCGGGACUAAAGAUCUAAGUACACUUUCAGAGCGUCUUAUUGAGGAAAGAAAUAGCAUGUUCGCGACUAUAGGCAUUGAUCCACCGUCUGAAAUUGCCGUAGAUCAGACAGCAAGCAAAGCAACGCCUUUUCACGACAGUGGAACACCAGAUCCUAAGCAAUAUAAUAUCGUGAACGGCACACUUCCCAUGAAACGCUUCAGUGACCGUCAGAGUUUGGAGGAGCGCGUGGUUAGAAGUACGAGUUUUCUGGAGGAUUCAUCCAGCGAAAACUCAAUUUCAGAUUAUAUGUCGUUCGGCACACCACACCCAAAAAAGCAAAUUGUUCUGAAUCCCGGAAAAUUAGUAAAACAUUUAACUAAUGCUUCUUCAAGCGAUCAGCAUGUGAAACAGCAUUCUAAAAAAAAAAAAGUUAUCUUAAUUUGUCCCGAACUAUCCAUAGCGAGGUUAACAAGAUCGGCAGAUUCAAAAGAAAGCUUCAAAAAACGCCGGCGCGACUUUCACAUGGCCGAAUUCACAAUCGCUAGAAACGGUAAGAAAAUGUCGGACAUCCAAAUGGGACAACAAGAUAUAGAGCUGGCGCCCAAGUAUCAAGCUGAUGAAACAUACCAAAGUAUAAUUGAAGACUAUAUUCAAGCUAAAGGUUUUAUGAAAACAACCCGCAAUGAGCUCAUAAGCCUGUCGAAAAAUACCAAUUUGGGACGUUCAGAAUAUUCUUCAGACACGAGCCAUGAAACGUUUAAUCAUCAUGCGUCGACUUCACAAAACAAUCGUGAACACCAAACAACGAUUGCAUUCAUUGAAGAGUGAAAGUGCCCCC